AUGUGGAAUUCAACAACAGUUUCGGUUCAAGCUGAAAGUGGUGGACCAUAUCAAGGGGAAUUUUAUGAAUCUGAUACUUCCAACGAUACUGGUACAGAAUCUAUGACUUGGAUCUCAUGGUUCUGUUCCCUUUCCGGUCACGAAUACUUUGCUGAAGUAGCUGAAGAUUUCAUAGAGGAUGAUUUUAAUUUAACCGGCUUAAAUUCGACUGUCCCGUUUUAUAAAGAAGCAUUAGAGAUGAUAUUGGAUGUUGAACCUGAGGAGGAAAGUUUGAAAGUACCAGACGUAUCUCUUGUCGAAAAUUCAGCAGAAGUGUUAUAUGGUAUGAUACAUCAACGUUAUAUAUUAACGCGUCAAGGAUUACAACAAAUGGUGGACAAAUAUGAAAGCAACCAUUUUGGACAUUGUCCAAGAGUAUACUGUCUUUCAACUGCAGUUGUUCCUUGUGGACAAAGCGAUGUUCCUGGUUUAGAGACCGUAAAACUCUUUUGUCCAAAUUGUUUAGACAUAUAUACACCGCCUAGUUCAAGAUAUCAAAAUAUUGAUGUAAAUGAAAGGAGUCGAAGUGGGCCUAGGAUGCAAUGGUUAAGGAUGCGUCCUAAUGAUGUAGAUAGUGACGAAGAUGGUGAUGAUGGUGAAGAUGUUGAAGGUGAAAAUGAUGAUGGUGAGGAUGACGAGUCAUUAUUGGAUCAGGGCGGUGGUGAAAAUAAUGGUGCACCUGAAACCACAAAUCAAAGUGGUGUAUAUGAGACUGAAAUAAUUCGUUCAUAUAAACUUGGUCAGAAGAGCAAUGGAGGAAAUAAUGAAAUGUUGGGUAUGGGCGUAGUUAAAGAAAAGCCACAAACUCAAAAGUCACUUGUUCUUGUUAGUAAUCAAUCCACAGGAGAAGUAAAGACCUUGCAAGAUGAAAAUUUCGGAAUGUCUCCUUUAGUAAAAACGAAAUCCAACAACAAUCAAUCUAAUCAAUGUGAAAAAAGUGCAUUAAAUUCAGUAUCACUAGUAUUUGCGAGCGUAAGGGGAAUGGAAAGACUUUUUGACAAACGUGAAAUUAAUAUUGGUAAUGAAUUGGAUCAGUUUUAG